AUGCUACCGGAAUGUAAAGGCUUAGUUGAUCUAUUGAUGCGCUUCACACCAGCACAAGACAGCGUGUUACAUCAUCUCAACAUUCGCGACAUCGUUGCACUUUCUCGCACCACCAAGGCGUUCAGUGAAUACGUUGGUCUAGUGGAACGCACGCAGUUCGAUAUCAACAAAAGACUAGGGCAUUUCUUCAUAGACCCGAAAGGGUUUCGUACGCUACAGGCGAAACAUAACAUCCUUAUCAGCGGAUGUCGUGCGUUCGGCUUCAUGCCGAGGAAGUCGCUGAGCCCCGCAUCGAAAGAAGCUAAUACAGGCAUACUGGAAAGACUUCUCGUGCAAAAAGGAAUACACGCCGAGGCUCUGACAUCGUUUCUUGUGAGCGAAGGCUACAAGCUCAUAAUUAAGAACGCUAUACCAGGCACUACUUUCAAGUGCCCAAUCAUGGUUCAUACCAGCGCUCAGGAAUCUCAAUAUGUGGGAAUCACCCAGACAGAGACGCCUCCGUUCUCCUGGAUAAAGACCGCUACGUUGACAUGCGACGUCAACUUUAUCACUUGGAAUAAGGCAUGCUCAGCAUUUGCGUACCAGGCCUUCAUCUGACGAGAGGGCUA